CAUAUUCAAAUUGAACAGGAAUAUUCCCUGGACCUCAGUCAGAGAGCAAAAAGAUAAACGAAAUGGCUUUACUUAUAUGCCGCGUGGACCACCGGGCCAAAAAAGUUCGAUGGAAGAAAGAUGGAGUUUACAUUGAUUAUGACAAGGAUGAUAGAAUUAAGAAAAUGGCUAAUAACUACUUACGUAUCUUAAACGUUGGAAUGGAGGACGCGGGUGUUUACCAGUGCGAGGCCGAAGACGAAAACGGUUGCUAUAGUUAUAAGGAAGGCAAACUAUGGGUGGUAGACGUAAAGUCUUUCAGUUCAUAUUGUGGUAUAUCCAUUCAUGACGAGGCUAUGCUUUCAUCAAGAAUAUCAAAGGGAUCAUGGGCAUCACCUGGAAUGCAUCCAUGGCAUGUUACGUUACGAACAAGAGGGCGGGCAAGUACAAAAACAGCAUUUUGUGGUGGAACAUUGAUUUCCCAGCGAUACGUGAUAACUGCUGCUCACUGUAUCAAAGAGUUUAAUUCAUCAUUUGAUGUUCCUUUUUCGGCAGAAAAUGUGGAUUUUUUACUUGGCACAACAGAUUGUAUAGGAACUCAGAAUGGUGGGAUAAGAAGAACAGUACGGAGUUUUACUGUUCAUCCAGAUUACGAAGGCAGAGGAGCUCAUGAUAAUGAUAUAGCAUUGAUAGAAUUGGACAGUUUCGUUGAAUACAACAAAUUUAUACGUCCUAUAUGUGUUGAACCGGCGGAAUACAAUGACAGGGUGUUUCUAGAAAACAGUGGCUCCGUUAGUCGUGUAAUUGGGAAAGUCGCUGGCUGCGGUGCAACAAAAUCUAGAGGCAAAUCAAUGCCUCAGGAACUGAUGGAUGUAUAUAUUCCGUAUGUGGACAGAGAAACAUGUCUUGAUGCUUUGGGCCGCAAACGCCUUGAACUUACUGACACAAUGUUUUGUGCGGGGAGUAAAAUUGGUAAAACUGGGGACAUUUGCAGAGGGGACGGUGGAGGCGGCUUAAUCAUGGCAACAAGCUCAAGAUGGGUUCUUACUGGAAUCGGUUCCUGGGGCAUGGGAUGUGAUGUGGAUAAAUACUACGGUGUUUACACAAACGUUGGCAUGUUCUAUGAUUGGAUAGAGAGUGUUACAAAAUUUAACGAAGAGGAGGUGCCAGACUUUAUCAAUGAUUAUUGACCUUGAAUAUUGCAUACAUACUGAUAUAGAAUGAACUAGAAUAUAUCAUAUUUACUAUUUUUAUAUUAAUAGGCACAAUAUAUUACUAAUUAACGUGCAUUCUUUGCUUACGAUGUUUUACUACGUGUAAACGUUCUUUCCUGUUUUCAUAUGGAUGAAAUUAAUUAAGUGUGUUUCAUUAUUGCUUUUUAGUUGAUACAAAUUUAUUCUUGGUUCGAUUGGAUGCUAUAAGCUUAUUGCAACACUCUCGAACCAAUCAGUACUAAGGAAUGAAUGUAAACUUACUUGCUUAAGGAAACAAUGGCUAUCCCCUGACAGGGUUUGAUUUUGUUAAAACACAUUUACACAUUGUACUGAAAACAACAGUCAUUCCUAUUUUAUUCAUAUGUGCAACUUACCGGGAGCAAUGACAGGGACAACUUAAAUAAAACAUUAAAAUCUGAAGAAUACUUCAUCUUUAAUAAGUUGGUGC